GGGCGGUGACACAUGCUAUAUAUACCGGGUGUAGCUCAGGUGUCUUACUUACACGAGUCCGCCGUCACCAUGACAACACAGGUAAUCAUAUUUUCGUGCAUCAUUUUUGGGGCUGUGGCACGUCCACAGGGUAGCAGCUUCGGCGGCUUUGACUAUCGCACUAAAUCUUCUGGACUUCCAGGUGGAGCUGCUCACACCAGCCCCAACAUCGCUAAAAGUUCCCAUACCAAAUCUAAUAAUGCUGCAGUUUAUCAGAUCCCUGGGUCAGCAGCAUAUCAAAACGCUGCAUCAUCACAUGCACAAAUUCCCUCAGCUGGAAGCCACCCAAGUUCUGCAGGAAUAGGCUACUCCAAUCCUGCUCCAGCUCACCAGUCACCAGCAUCUGUAGCCUACCAAGCCCCAGCAUACCAAGGUUAUGAUCAAGGCUUAGGUGUAGAAGGUUACCAGAGUCUAGAGUCUCCAGGAUAUACAGUGGGCGGAGGGAUACAAUUUAGUGGACUGACUGCUGAAGACCAAAAAAAAUUAGCCGCCCAUGAGCACGAUGGCACCUCUUUCCACGGCCCAAACCAGCCUCACACCUUCGGGUACGCCGUUGAGGACUCCUACUACGGUAACCAGCACGCCCACAACGAAUACUCCGACGGACAGACGACCAAGGGAUCGUACAGGGUGCUGCUUCCUGAUGGCCGCACGCAGAUAGUCACAUACUCGGCUGAUGCUAAGAACGGCUUCAUGGCGCAAGUUUCAUACGAAGGCAAGGCUAAACCUUAUCAGCAUCCACAAGAAAAGACAUCCCCUGGCUAUCAGCCUCAAAAUCCAGGCUACAAGACGCAGCAGGAACCUGCCUACCAACCCUCAGUACAGUACCGACCCUCAGCCUAGUGCAUGCCAUAGGCUGCUCCUACUUGUUGUUGUGUGUUUUGUUAUGUUUUAGUGUUUUCAUGAUAAUAUUAUACGGGAGUUUUUAGCGCUUUAUGGAGUAACAAACUAUAAAAACAAUGAGAAGCGUUAAACUUAAUUAUUGUUGUAAUUAUAUUUCAGGGAAUGUCGUAUAAAUAAAAAUUAAUUUAUAUGAUUUGUAAAUAAAAUUAUGAUCUACCUUUUAGCUUAUAAUGUAUUACGAUAAAAAAUGUAUUAUGCUAAAAAUAAUGUGAGGCCAUCUGGGAUGUAUAAUAGGUCUCCAAUAUUGAUUAACUGAACUAAAUUACAAAGGUUAGUAAAACACUAGAACUUAAAGGUUAUUAGCGCUUUUGUAUAAAAGCAAUGUG